AUGGCCAACAUUCUAUACUCGAUGUCACUUACUCAGACGCUGGAUGCCAAGUAUUGCAUCGGAUCCUACGCUAUCCAUCCCGGCGCAGUCACCACAAACAUCAAUCGUCACGCCAAACCGGAGGAGAUUGAGCAGGCACUUAAGAGGGUCAGGGAACUUGGAUUCGAGGCUCCUGCUAAGACACCAGAUCAAAGCGCCAACUCCUCAGUUCUCUCUGCCGUAAAUCCUUAA